AUGAGCCCUUGCAAUUCCCCUGAACACAACUCUCCAGAUUGGGGUCCGGGUGUCAUGGAUGAUGGGGAUUAUCUUGUAGAAGGCGAGCCUUUUGAGGUUGUAGAAGCUCCUUCAGAUCAAGAAACUGCCUCUGAUCCUGAAGGAGAAAUGCAAGAAACCACUCCAAUCUCCGAUAACUCCAAGUUGGUGUUGAAAAAGCACAAGGGUAUGCUUCGUAGUCUCUAUUUCAUAGUCUUUUUUACAUGGCUUUGCUGA